AUGUCGACGCGUUCUGCCCCGUAUAAACGACGCGAGACCAGGGCGGCGGCCACGGUGCUCGCCCAGAAGAUAAUUACUGGAGGUAUAUUCGGACAUUUUCUUCCCCAUGACAUUCUCCGCCUGGCGCGAUUAACCCGGAAUUUCAGAAGAUUCCUUAUGCACCCUUCAUCGCUCUCUUGUUGCAGAGCAUCCCUCGCCAAUGUUCUCGAUUUGCCGGAUCCGUUUCCUGGCAUGACCGAACCGGCUUGGGUGAACCUAGGUUUUAAUCCACAAUGCCACUUUUUUUCACGAGUAGUCUAUAUUGUCGAGUGGUGCUUUCGAAAGCGUUUGUGUAACAGAUGUUCGCACAAACAAUGCACCUUCACACAAAUGGAAGAAUAUGCUGGUGAGCGUCAUGCUGGCCGGUAUGCUUCCGGUGCAGAUCGACAAAAAGCCAUCAGAUGCAAACAUAUUCUUCAGCAGGAUUUUCAUGACCUUGCUAAUCAGUUCAAGUUUAUCGACCAUCCGCAAGAGAAAGAAUUAUUCAAAUCGCGACAGUCGGCGAUGGCAAGAGACAUAGAACAAUGUCCACAACAGACUCGUAGAUCUUGGCUGGACUCAAGAGCUAGUAUUUCUGCAGCGGCAGAAAGACUACGACUCGUUGUCGGAAUAUCAGUUACGUUGGACUUCGAUAGUCAUCUCAAAAUAUAAUCGAUACCGACAACGCUUCGAAAGGUGUACAUAGCUGAGCUAUUGG